AUUUAUGCUGUAUUACGAAAUGGGACUUGUCCUACUAGCAAGGAACGUCCUUCUCCAUAAACCCUUGUUGAGUCCUGCUCUGCCCAGGCAUCUCCCUCGCGUGGCUUUUUCCAAGCUUCCAUCCUCCUUCUCCAUUCGAUCAAUGGCCACCUCCCCAUCUGCCGAAUUCCAGAAAAUCCAAAUCCAAAGAGAUGACACUACUUUUGAUGCUUACGUCAUCGGGAAAGAAGAUGGCCCAGGGAUAGUGGUUCUGCAGGAGUGGUGGGGUGUUGAUUUUGAGAUCAAAAACCAUGCUCGCCAUAUUGCUAAUCUGGAACCUGGUUUUAAAGCUCUUAUCCCAGAUUUGUACCGUGGGAAGGUUGGCCUGGAUGCUGCAGAAGCACAACAUCUGAUGGAUGGUCUUGACUGGCAAGGUGCAGUUAAGGACAUUCGUGCAUCUGUUAAUUGGCUUAAGGCGAAUGGCUCACAGAAGGUAGGAGUUACAGGCUAUUGCAUGGGUGGUGCAUUGUCAAUUGCAAGUGCUGUUUUGGUCCCAGAAGUUGAUGCUGUGGUGGCAUUCUAUGGUGUUCCUUCUUCAGAGCUUGCAGAUCCUUCAUCCGUUAAAGCCCCUGUUCAAGCACAUUUUGGAGAGCUUGAUAACUUUGUUGGGUUCUCAGACAUUACGGCUGCCAAGGCUCUUGAGGAAAAGCUAAAGGCAAGUGGAGUUCCUUACGAGGUCCACAUUUAUCCAGGCAAUGGUCAUGCAUUCAUGAAUGCUUCUCCAGAAGGGGUUGAAAGGAGGAAGAAAAUGGGAUUAACAGACCCAGAUGACGCAGCAGUUAAUCUUGCUUGGUCUCGCUUCAAGUCCUGGAUGCAGAAGUACCUGUGCCCGUGAUCCCAGAGUUCUUGCUGUCAACAUGGUCACGAGUUAUCUGUCUGUUGAUGUGAAUAAGAACUGGUGUUCGUGUCGAACCUUUUGGUGACAACGAACCUUUUAGGUACCAGUAAGAACUCUAGAGACAACGUCAGGUGUUGAUUGUAGUGUGCAAGUUUAUGGAUUUCAAGUUUUCUGUUUGGUGGUGGCACUGCUA